AUGGGCAAUAAUCAAACCACUUCUCACAGAUCCCUUCCUACCGAGCAUGCAUCUUUCUCCAAUUCUUCUCGCGAAUAUGCCAAUCAAUACAUAAUGAUCGCAGGUGGUCCAUCAGUAGUAAUUUAUCAAGGCUUGGUUGAUCAAAUAAUUUCUAUCGAAAAUCGAAUAGAAAAUGCUGCUAAUUAUGAGAAGGUAAAGAGUGAAUGUUUGAAAGGUAUUCAUCAACGUUUGGUGAAAUAUUUCCCUGUUCAUUUUCAUGAUACAGUUUCGGAAAAGAUAGAAGAACAAUUGGUUGACCUGUGGCAUAGCCCCAAUUUUAAAGAGGAAUACUUUGCGAAUAGAUUCCAGGUAGAUCCAUACUUGGUCUUGCCAACUGUAUUUAAUAAUUUGGAGAGAGGAAUCAAAUUUAAUUUGAAAAGAACUUGCUUGUUCCAACCAGCAGGUAGACAAUAUUAUUUCACAACAUGCUAUUCGAAAACAACUGAUAAUUUUCCACACAGCCGUAAUCAAAAGUUGACAUUUGAAUUAUUUGCUAAUUGUUUUUCUGCUGAUACUUGGGCUGAUGUAGUUGGAGCAUCAUUUUCUCUAUCUGACUAUGAUAACAAUCAAUAUUUAGAUGAAUUUUAUCAAGUGUGUAGAAGAUUGUCUGGAUUUUCUACAUACAGAAUGAUUUUAAUAUUUACUCAUCUUGAUGUUCUCAAUGAAAAGAUAAAGUUGGGACUAAUUAACUUUGGAGGAGAUAAAGAUAUAGAAAUUCGAAAAGAAUUCAACCAUAUUCCAAAAGAAUGUGCUCUCAUCAUUGAAUAUCUCAUCAAAGAAGCCAUCAAAAAUAUAGAAAUGAAUCCAAGCCAUGACUUUCCCAAUAGGACAUUGGAAUACCACAUUGUAAAUACAUCAAGUGACAGUGAUAUGAAAGAAUUAUUGGAUUGUAUUUGUAUUGGAGCAAAUUCUAAGAGAAAAUGCUUCAUAUCCUCUAAAAUUGAAAUGCCACCUUUCUCAUAUCCUAACACCAGAUUCAAGAGCAACAUGCACAGAACCUCAGAACUAAAUCAGUUUUGUGAUAUUGCAAUAUUGCUAAAUUGA